AUAUGCUAUUGUAUUAGAAUGUACAUGUGGUUAUAGUAUAUACACUUGUUUCAACGUCAACGAGAAGAGUGAAGACAUCGCCCCUCGUAUGCGUGUGAUGAACGAAUCUUGACUUCUUUGUUAUUUUUCGCAGAAAAGAGAGAGAGAGGAAUAAUUAAACCCUAUAUAUCUGCUUCUAUCUUAUUGUUAAUCAUUAGUCUACUUUCGAUAAUACACUCUCUUUGUAACUUUCUUCUCUACAGAACAUUUCUAGCUCAAGUCAUGGAUUCUUCUUAACUGUAACUCUAAAAUGUUUGGAGCUUGGGGAGCUUGUGUUGAACUCCGGUCUCUUACACAAGUCAUGGACUAGGAUCUCUGAGGUAUAUGAAUCAACCCAUCAAAAUCAAGAUUCAGGUCUGCAAUUCAAGAUUUACCAAGAAUCUAUAUACACAAUUGCGGUUUUUGUCGCGCCAUCUAUCCGCAAAAAUAUCCCAUCGAACUCUACUUCCACUCUUCUUUCCGGGCCACAAGAUCAGAAUCCCUUUCAUUUUCUAUGUUCUGAGAAGAUCUCCUCCUUCUCUAUUCACGCACCUACGUAGUACGUAUCAACUCUAGCCAUGUUCGUUAUGUGAACGCGGAAACCGGCGGCAACGACAAAGAAAUUACACUGCAUCGAAUAUUCAGCGUCUUUCUAUUCCUCACAAUCAACCGCUGCAUUAAGAAAAACAGGCUAGCUUUAUUUUAUCAGUCUUGAACUUUGCUGUGUUUUGCCGUGAAUUGUGGCCGCUGCCGCUGGUUUUGGGCGUUCGCAUAACGAACAUGGUUUCUGCCUACAAGAAUGAUCUCAUUCAGCUCAAAUCAGAGAAUAUCUCCAGCUCAAGCCAUCGAUUCGUCUUCGCAAGCAUCUCCAGUUCAAGCCAUGGAUUCUCCUUAUUCACGAAAAUGCUUGGAGCUCGGGAAACUUGUGUUUAGCUCUGGUCUCUUACAAACCUCAUGGAGUAAGAUCCAAACCCAUGGAAAUCAAGUUUCAGGUCUAGAAUUCAAGACUUACCAAGAAGGCAUAUACACAAUUGUUGUUUUCGUGGCACCGAGUUUCCCUCCUUUAGAUUCUGCUGCUUCCACUCUUCUUUUUGGGCGAACAGAUCACUAUCCCUUUCCCUUUCUAUGUUCUGAAAAGAACUCCUCAUUCUGCCUUCACACACCUGCUUACAAUCUCUUUGUCUCUGCCAACAAGUACAAGCUCACUGAACUUAGAGCAGAGCUGCUCGGUUUGCUCGAGUCCGAGAAACAUGUGAUCAUAACCGGAGCUGCGUUAGGGGGAUCGGUCGCAUCUCUCUUUACGCUAUGGCUUCUAGGGACAAUCGAGCCUAGUUUCAAACGUCCCUUUUGCAUAACUUUUGGCUCUCCGUUGCUUGGAGACGCUUCCUUGCAACAGAUUCUUGACAACUCCUUGUGGAACUCGUGUUUCCUUCACGUGGCCGACGCUGCCCAAACUCCCGUGAACACAGAUUUCCAGCCUUUUGGAACGUUCUUUAUUUGUGUUGGCUCCCAAUGCAUUUGCAUCGAUGACCCUAAGACUGUCAUGGAGUUGCUAGGCAGUGAUAACGCGGAUGCACUAGUCUGGAGAGACUACGGUGAGGUUCUUGGUCGUCUGGUUCAACCUGUGGUGGUGGAUUCAAGAUUGGUGUUAUGACUUCAUCCAAGGUUAUGAACAAUAGGAUGUACCAGUGUUCGGACCAACAUAUAUUUCAGAUCAAGAAGAACCAAAAGUUAUUAUGGUCAAUAUGGAAAAGUGUGGAUCUUGUUACGUCAACAUGAAGACACGUGGAGGCAGACCCAAGUGUCCUUAAAACCUUUUUAUAAAACGAUGUGGAAGAAUAUCACUAUACUCAAUGUUGAUGUUAGAGGAAAAAUGGCGUUUUCAUAUAAGUUUGCAAUGCGUGUUAUUGUUGUCCUUUAUUUUUUUUUUGUUGUCCUUUAUUUGGUUUAGUAAUAUGAAACUAGAUAUCAUUUAAUCUGACCAAAACAAGUGGAGGACAUGAGAUGCGUAGCUGCUAUGCAGAAUAUUAUUGAUACUAUUGGAACAUACGAGUGCUGGGCUUUAUUUGGGUCUUAGAUAAAGAAACAUGGCUUAUCAAAUGAUUAAAUGGUUCAGAACUUUAAAAGCCAACUGGUGGCACUACUUAUGAUGUGUAUUAACUGUG